AUGGCUGAAAAGUUUGGGGAUGAGGAAUGUAAGAAGAAAUUGAUGCAAGCACCAAAUGUUCAGACUGCUGAAGAAGCUGUUAAGAAUAUUCAAAAGUUUGACAGCAAAGUUUGGGAUGAGGUUAAACAUGACAUUUGGGAAGAAGGACAGCGUUUAAAACUUGACCAAGUUCGUUGGAUAUGUAAUCUUCUUGUGCUUACAAAGACGACUUAUUUGGCUGUAGCUUCGGAGGAUAAGUUUUUCGGCACUGGUUGGCGUAAAAACCGUGAUGAGUCUAACAAGCCAGUUUUUUGGGAUGGCGAGAAUGAAGGAGGAAAAAUUUUGAUGAAUUUGCGUCAUGAGUUGAAGAAGACACAUCAAUUUAAUGGACCACAGGAGGAAGAGGAAACAAAUACAAAACUUCGUGAAAUGAUGCGUUAUGUUUGGCGUCGUAUAGAUCCAACAAAGCGUAAUAUGGCUUUAGGCGGACGUGGUUUAUCUUCUGGUGGACUUCGUGGUGUUGGACGUAUUGGUGGGGGAGGAGGAGGAAAUCGUUCUGGAGGUAAAGGUCAACGUCAAUAG